AUGGCGGACGGCAGCUCAACUGAAGGUUUGAUCCAUUUUUCACUAUAUUUAAUUUAUGUUAUGUAUCGUUCCUUUGUUGUAAUAGACUAAUUAUUAUAAAUUAUUACUUUUUUGCCAGCUCCUCAAGAGCAGGUUUCAUUGCUUCCUCCAGAGGAAAACAGCCAAAGCCAACCCGCCGAGGUUAGAAAGCCUGCAUGCAAAGGCCUGUCAAUUAAUCUUUACUUUAAUUUCAUGUUUAAGGCUUUGUGCCUCUAGCACAAGCACUAUAUAGAAGCCAGAUCUUGAGUUUUUUUCAAAAAACGUAGCUAAGAACUUAUUACCUUUUUUAUUUUUUACUUUAUUUACAAUUCUGAAUAAGGGAUUUUUGGUGUAAGACAUUUAGAGGACUGUUGCAGCUAACUUAUUCAGUCUCCUUGUAGGUCCAUUUUUAAGGAAAGAGGCUUUAAACGACUCUUGUCUAGUGUUCCCCUUGGUUCAUAGCAAGCUUGCCUUGCACACAUACUUAACCUCUUGUUGGAGAAUUGCAGUCACUUGACCAUUCUCAGGCAUCCUUUCAAUUCAUUAAUCUUUUUAUGUUAAUUACAGGCUCCGCAGGAAACAUCUCCUCAUGCUGAAAUUGGAUUGACAGAAAAUGUGCAGGUAACUAGUGGUUAACGAUUGUGCCGUUUUUUCUUAUGGGAAGGUCUGAGGUUUGGUUGUUGUUAAUGAAUUUUGCAUCACAGCAGAGAAGAGCUUGUGUGGCCCAUGAUCCAUUCUGCAUAUCAUGGCAGAAUUUGACAAGAUCUUUUGCAUUAAAUGCAUGUGCAUCACAUGCAAACUGAACUGCUGGAUUGCAAAUAGUGAUACAGUGUAUUCUCUUUUAAUGGACACCUCUAUGAGAUGGACACCUAGAGUCUGUCCCUUCCUUUCCUUACUCCUAUUAUUUGACACCACUCUUGAAUGGACACUUAGUGCAGGUCUCAAAGGUGUCCAACUAAGAGAGAGUUGACUAUACUCACGCUGACGUCACCUAUUGAUAUUAAUGUGCCAACUAGAAGGGCAUUAGUUCUUGAAACAAAAGGUUCUUUUGUUUCACUCAUGACGAAUUUGAGUAACCAAAACAAUGUUUGUAAACAGUGACGUUUCCUAUACAUUGUAAGCUAGUUUCAUAAUAUCAUCCUAUUUGCCACUUUAAAAACAAGAACAGAACUGUAGCCAAUAAUUUGUCUAGCACUGUCUUGUUUCUGGAACCAUUACUGGGGAGACACUGGUCAGCUAUUAGUCCCUGUAGUGGACCGGAAGUCGUUCUACAUAUUAUUGCAAGAUAAUUAUGGGAUGAAGUAGAACAGGAGGACAAAAUAUGUAUGUGGUGUGUAAGGCAGAUUAAAAGCAUGUUGAGUUGUCGACUGGUCCUAUAUUCUGAGACAAGACCAUUACAGUCCCUAGCUGAACAGUCCCAGAAAAGAUAGGCACUGCAAAUGUGUACUUUUAUUGGAAAGUUUAAACAAUAAACAUCAUUUCCUGGUCAUAUCAUGGCUCUUGAAGAAAUGAAAGUAGCUGGUGAAACCUUGCAUAGAAGCCGGUGAACUUCGCCAGCUUCCGGCUCUUAUAUACAACCUUGCCUUAUAGAAAAAGUAAAUCCUUGCAAAGGAUAGUGAAAUCCACAAACCCAGUUUUCAACUGUACGUGUUUUUUUGUGUGUCUUAUUCUCUGGCCUGUUUGACUGAAUCAUUCUUGGUUAUGGUUUGAAAGUGGUCAUCCUGCUGUACCAGUUACGAUGUCAAAGUUGUGUACAGCUGUCAAAAUGAAUGACAUCACAAGUGGUACAAGGAAGUGUUCAUAUGUGAAUGGGUUAAUGAGUGAAGUGCAUAGGAGAUGUGUUCAAGGAAAAUUUGAAGGAGUUAACUCCUUCUUCAAGAUAGUAUGCUUGUCUCCCGCAGCUGAUCCAUGAAGGUGCACAGAGGAUAAUAGUUUACUGGUGAUAAGUUAGCCAUAGACUAGCCUGGGUAGCAGGUGCCGUUGGCUUUUUUUGGGGCAAAAAGGAGAAAUAUCAAGGACAGGCACAUGCAAGGGGAGAAAUAAGAUAAAUUAUAACCCAAAAAACUAACCAGCCUCUGCCUUGCAGGCUAGCCAUAGUUCUGCAACUGACUUUUGCAUUUCAUCCAGGAAGAGAAGUAAUAUUUCUAGGGUCUUACAAUACUAAAGCUGGGAUGACCUCUGGCUUGUGAGCCUUUUGUAAAUGCUUUUGUUAAGGGCUGAAGGCCAGACAUUUUGCCUGGCUAUUAGAAAUGUGAGGCAUGGCUUCACAACUGGUAGAAGCAAUCUGUGGAUGAUGCAAGGAAAUGCCAAAGCCCCUGGCUAUUCAUCCCACUUCCUUGUCUUCUCCAAAAACAUAGUGACAGUUUUGGUUACCUUACUUCCAAAAUUAAUACUAUUAUUUCUUUUUACAUUCACCCAAAGAAAAUGGUGGAAAAAGAGAAGGAAGCAGCUGAAAAGCCAACCAAACCAAAAGUAGAGCUGCAGUCUUUGCCAACAAGAGCAUACCUGGACCAGACAGUGGUACCCAUUCUACUUCAAGGCCUCUCCUCCUUGUCGAAGGACAGGUAAACUGUCUUGUGAUUUUUGUCAAAAGUGGUUUUCCAAACUGGUUACUUUGAAAAUGACAUGCCAGGCUCCUAUGCAAGUGUUUUUACUAUUAAAUGCAGGUAUCAAUGUUUAGACGGAGAGGGGGGUACGGGCAUAGGUGUGGCAACUCUUCCUUUGUCCCCUUUCUGGGGAUUUUGACCACAAAUGUUGACUUAAACAGCAGUUUUGUUAUUCUCAGAAAGGGAUAUUUUAUCUAAUUUGGGCUAUUUUUCUCUCUUAAGGGUUGGGAAUUCAACCCAAAAAUUGUAAAAAAAAAAAUUCAAAUGCCCCACCUAUGCCCUUCCCGCCACCCCCUCCCCUUGGCUGUGCGCAUUCAUGAAUUCAAACUGGCGUGAAAUAAACGCAUGUUAAGCAACCACAAGACACUGACUACUGCACAUGCAUAUGUCACUUGAAUUUAAAAAACACAUAUCCACACAUAAAAUAACACCAAAAUAAAUGUCUGCUAUUCUUACUGCUGACAAAAUUUGGCCUGUGACGUAGGAAAUAAGAAACUCCAGUAAAUUCCGUCGUGUUGAGUCUGCACCCUAUUGGCAUUAUGCAUUGAGGCCCUUGCUUAGAAUUGCUCAGUUUUUGCCCACCUCUUAGCCAGUGCAAUGGAGUUUAGUGGAAGUGACUUCAAAGUUUCUUCCCUCCUACCUCCCCUGGUGGCGGUUGACAUCGCAUACCCUCAUUAUUGAGCAUGCCUAUUGUCCUGGCAGUUGCGGUUUACUCCCUUAACUUAGUUCCCCAUAACACUGAAAUAUUAUACUAAUGAAUAUUUAAAAUUUCCAGUACAUUUUUAUUAAAGGCGGGGCUGAGUACAUCUUUGGAUAUGAUUUUUUUAAUAGUCAAAUUCUGUAAAGUUAUUGUAGAAGUGCAAGAACAAAACUUUGUUAAUUCUACAAUGAAUAUUAUUUUUAGAUCUUGGUUUGACUUUUAAAUUAUUUUGUCUCAUCAAGUACCUAACAAGGAUUUCACUUCUACAUCUGUUUUUCAGGCCACCAAAUCCCAUUGAGUACCUUGCUACCUACUUGCUGAAAAACAAAGAUCAGUAUGAAGACAGCUAGUCAGUGGCACAGUUCAUAAUAUAUUUGUAAAUUAUUCAUGUGGGAAGCAGCAUGCCACUUCCUCAUUCCCUCUCAGUAGAAAAAAAAAUUCACAGAACUAACAAUGUGGCAAAUGUUUUAUGACUUAUCAGAAAAGGUGUUGCAAUCUCUUUUGAAGCUGAAUUCUUUAUCAUUGUUCUUCUAUGAGUCAAGGAUCCAUCUGAAAGUUUUGCAGUCAAAAAAGUUCAGAUGCAGAGUAAAAUUUUAUGUCAUUUGUGAGUAAAUAUUGUCCAGGGGUGAGUGCUUUUUAAUGCACAAUAAUAUUGGAGAUUAUGAUAUCAGUAUUAUAUCUUUCACAGUUCAUUCGUUUUUCAUAGUUAUCUAUUGUGAAACUUUUGAUAGCCUGUCUUCCUCACUUUGGAAUCUCUCCAUGUAUGUAACAUUUCACAAAAGUGUUGAAAUAAAGAAGCUUGUAAUCCAGUG